CCGAAAGAAUAAUCCAUUUGUCAUAACCGGUAUCGAGAUAUCUUGAGUCACUGCGACAAAGGCGGACAUGUACGCUGCGUUUUAUUUGUCAACAAUCCGUGGUUCAUUAUAUUCUUAAAAUAACUUGAACCCACAACGAAUGCAUUUCUUAUGUGAAUGUUUAAUGCGACGAUGUAAAGCACUGAAGUCUGGUUUUACGAGUUCAGUCAGAGCGAGAGACUCAAGCUAAGUUUCAGUUUGCUAGCUGUAGAGUUGCGUAUUUGUUUGUAAACAACACACGUUUGUUUAAAGUCGUAGCGAUGGCUGACGGAAGCUCUUACAACGUGAAGUUGUACAUUUAUGACGUGUCAAAAGGACUGGCCCGUCAACUGAGUCCCAUGAUGUUAGGAAAGCAAGUCGAGGGAAUAUGGCACACCUCUGUAGUGGUUUAUGGGGAAGAGUUUUUCUAUGGAGGAGGAGGCAUAGCAAGCUGCUUUCCGGGUGGUACUAUUCUAGGUAUGCCCGAUUCCACAGUGGACCUUGGAAACACAGAAGUUCCCCGGGACCUUUUUCAGGAAUAUCUGUCUUCGCUCAGGGAGUCUACUUACAGACCUGAAAAGUAUCACCUUUUUGAACACAACUGUAACACCUUCAGCUCUGAGGUCGCACAGUUUAUAACAGGAACUAAGAUUCCCUCGUACAUCACCGAGCUCCCAUCUGAGGUGCUCGCUACACCUUUUGGACAAGCACUCCGUCCUUUUCUCGAUUCAGUCACCAUCACUCCAUCAGGGAACAAUGGCAUGAAUGGAUAUGGCCAGCUGUAGAUGUGGCUGCAUCUAAAAAUGUAUUAGUACAACAAAAUGUGGCUAUAAUAAUAAAAAUAAUAGUAAUAAGAAUAAUUUUGCCAAGUAAACCAAACCUAAAAUAAAUCAUAAAACUACAAAGUAGCAUCAUUUUUAAUAGGUGAUGGUUUGCAGUAAUCUUUAAAAGUAUGGCAAACUUUUUAAAUAGAUGUAAUGUACCAAAGCAAAUUGUAUCAGGAUUCCCCUAGGUGUCUCUGUUCUACCUCAACACGAUCUGUUACUUCAGAUGCUUUUAGAGGAAUAGAGGACGAGAAUUAGGUUGCUAUUUGUAAAAAUAUGCAAUGGUGAUUAAUACUGAUCAGAAGAGUGUAAAUUAGAGUCCCUUAAUUAUGUGUAAAUUAAUUUGACAAUUCAUGCACUUUUACCAUUUACUGUACUUAUAAAGUGCUGAACUCCUUUCUCAGAUGUUUAACUCAGUCACUCUUUCUUUAAUAAGUCUUUCUACUGAUUAAUGACUCUUUCUGUGUUGUAAAUUGUUAUCUAAACCUUACCUUUACCAUUUACAUUAAUCCUAGUCUGCCAUGGAUAUAAAUUAGUGAGGGUUAAAGGGGAUCAAUGCUAUUAAAGGAAACACAAUAACAGUGUCACACGGAUGAAGCUAAUGAAUGUUUUAUAAAAAUGUGCAGGACCCAAUAGGAAAGUUGUUCUAUUUUUCAAGUCUUUUGACUCCUAUCCAUUUGCUUUUUUUAUUUGUUACUCUGGCUGCAAAUAGUAGUGUAAAUAGGAAAGAUAGCAGUAUAGUAAGAAUGUGGCAAAAGUAUAGUAAUAAUUAAAAAGCAGUAUAGAAUUCAUAAGGUCUGAUGGUAAAUGGUCUAAACUCUCUAAAAUCCAUAGUACCCGUGUAAGCCAUAACAUUUAUGUGAUUGAUUUUUAACCAAUUUAUACAGAUGUGUGAACAAUUUAUAACUUGAGAUUUUAUAUACGAUAAACAUUCCUAGUAAUAAUCUCACAGCUCAAAUUAUUUUAUGUUCAGGUUAUGCUGCCUGAUUUUUUUCUGUGCUACUAUUGUCCUGGUAUUAGCUCUUAAUUUUCUGCCUCAAAUAAACCUGUUAACCGUCAUUGUGUCUCAGCUCUAAACAAAUAAAGACAUUCUGAAA